UGCCAAUGACAGGUGCUCAGCAGCACUGAGUGUAAGAUACUGAGUUUGAGACAAGUUUACCUGAGAUCAAUUGAUGGCUAUGACGUUGUGCAAUUCUGAUCUUGUUUUGGUUACGUAGUAGAGCAUUGAGUCAAAUGAGCCCAGCUCUCAAUUUCGUUGACUGCUUGCUAGUUUUUUCAUAAGACAACGUUUUACUUUUAUGUAUUGGUGCUUCAGGUGUUUGCAGUUUUGCUCUCAGAAGGUCAUGGCUACUACAGCAGUCCUGAUCAUGCAGUAUUUCUCGAGCAUUGAAUGAAAUGGGUACGCGAAGUUCUUGUUGAAAAAUGAGUGCAGUGUUACACAAAUUAAAUACACAUAGUGUACAUGUGCAUUAUAUUAAAACGUUGUAAAAUGGAAUCUUGUGUUCUAAUUCCAAAGGAAUUCGCUUUAGCAGAGACAUUAACAAAUGACAGCCGGCAGAAAAUAUCUGUAUGGGCAACAACUUCAAUUAAAAAAGGAUCACUGUUUUAUCCAUUUCAAGGAACAAUCCGUAUCGACAAAAUAGAAAACUUGCAUUGUUGUCAGAGGAACGAUAUAAGAUAUCGUUUUGGGCUAUAUGAUGAAAUAUCAAACUAUUACGGGAAGCAAGUACGGCAUUGCAAUUGGAUAAGAUUUUUAAGACUUUCUACAAUUUAUGACUCAAAUGUGAAUCUUAUUUGUACGAAGUUUAAUGGAGAUCCUUUAUAUGAAGUAGUAAAGACAAUUUUGGCCUAUCAGGAAGUCAUAGUAUACUAUAUACCAGAGAGUCCACAAGAAAAUAUAUUUUCAGGUCUGCACUUAAAAUUAAAUAGACAAGCAAUUAAUAGCAUUUUACAAGAUAAUCCAUUGGACCUUUCCUUAUCCCUGAUGCAUUCCAUUCCGAAUGUGCAAAUUUCUUCAUCCGCUAGUGAAGAUGAACAAAAGUCAAUAAUAAGCGAUUCUUCUGGCUCCUUACUAUCACUGAACGAUUCCUUCGAAUUUAAGGCAUCAUUACUCGACCAACUAAACCAUACCGUUUUUGAAAACUGUAAACCAUUAAAUGCACCUAAAAUAAGGAAAUACCAAGAAGUAAAAAAGCGGGUAGCUCGAAAUGAAAGAGCGAUGCUUCCUUGUAACAUCUGCAAAAAAAGUUUUGAUCGUCCAAGUCUUUUAAAAAGACAUACAAGAACGCAUACGGGAGAAAAGCCACAUGUCUGCAUUGUAUGCGGUAAAGGAUUUAGUACAUCAAGCUCACUGAACACACAUAAGAGGAUUCACUCAGGCGAAAAACCACACCAGUGCCUUAUUUGUGGAAAACGAUUUACUGCAAGUAGCAAUCUUUAUUAUCAUAGGAUGACUCACAUUAAGGAAAAACCACACAAAUGCAAUUUAUGCUCAAAAUCAUUUCCCACCCCCGGAGAUUUAAAGUCUCACAUGUACGUUCAUAGCGGAUCUUGGCCUUUUAAAUGUUCGAUUUGCUUCCGUGGUUUCUCAAAACAAACAAAUUUAAGAAAUCACUUAUUUCUUCACACAGGUGAUAAGCCCCAUAGAUGCGAAUUAUGUAAUAAAAGGUUUGCGUUGGCUUGUAAUUUGCGAGCGCACAUGAAAACUCAUGAGGGAAAUCCCCAGGGUGAAAGUUCUUGCUGCGGAAAAUUAUUCGUUAAAUGCCCUACUUCUGACUUUUUUUUACAAGAUGCAGUCAAGGAAGAAGGAUAUGAAUCAUCAAGUGGAACCGCUGAUUUAUAAUUCUAAGCAAACCAUAAAAAUAAAUAUGUAAAGAAAUCCCCAGGGUGAAAGUUCUUGCUGCGGAAAAUUAUUCGUUAAAUGCCCUACUUCUGACUUUUUUUUACAAGAUGCAGUCAAGGAAGAAGGAUAUGAAUCAUCAAGUGGAACCGCUGAUUUAUAAUUCUAAGCAAACCAUAAAAAUAAAUAUGUAAAGUAAUAAUCUUUUUAUUUAAAACAUAACAUGAUUUGUAAGAGCAGUAAACUAUCUUUUUAUUUAAAACAUAGCAUUCAUGAGGGUAAAUAAAUUGCGCAUUUUGGAAGGAAAUUUGUUCUUAGUAUUCAAAAAUUAAGUAGUUUACGAUAUGCAAUAUUUUGGUGAACUAGUUUUAAAGGAUCAGAAAAUAACCACUUUUCAAUAUAAAUUUUAAUUAAAAUUUUCCACUUUUUUAUGUACAAUUUCUAAAAGUAGAAAGCUUUUAAAACUAUUAUAAUUGAUUUUCCAAUUAAGAAAUAAACUUGCUGGUAUUUUUCGAAUCGUUAUAUAUUUAAUGCCUAUGCAAAAAAAAAACAUUUAGGUAUGGUGGCAAAAACAUAAUGUGCAUACUUUUCUUACAACUCCGUUGGCUAUAUCCAUAUGAUAAACGGCAUUAUUUUUAGACAUGAUUAUACAGAUAUAUUACGAAAUACAAUGUUACCAUAUGCACACUGUUGUUUUUGCCUUUCAUGUAACCACAACUAUAAUUACGAACAGUCACUUUUUCGUAGAUUUCGCAAAAGUCAUUAACAAAUUAUAAAGCAAGUGUAAAACAAAAUAAAUCUAAUCACUACUCUCAUCGUUGUAUUCUAUUCUUUGAAAUAUAUAAAAUAAAAGUUUAAUUUUCAAUGUUAAA